UUAAAGUGAGGACUGCAUUAAGCAAAAUAUGUUAUCAGAGAGAGUCGGCUUAUGACGUAAACUACUUAUCCAUCACCCAGCUGCUCAUUGUAAUAGCAACUGUAGACUCUGAUGUUCUCUGCUGGGUUUGUUCCUUCUCAGUGCUGAGUCACAAACUUGACCUGAUCAAAAGGAAUAAAGAAAGAACACUGCUCAACUGGUAUGCUUCUGAUGUACUACUUGAUUCAAGAGGAGAAGAUAAGAAAAUGUCCGGACCUCAGUGCUGUGCUAACCCACCAACUCUAAACCCAGCCAGCGGCGCAGGCCAUGUUGAGAAAGUGGGCGGCCUCAACUCCUAUGUCACUGGCCCUUCUGACUCUAAGCUCGCCAUUAUUCUUAUCUCUGAUGUUUAUGGAUAUGAAGCUCCAAACUUGAGGAAGUUAGCAGACAAGAUUGCAACUACAGGAUUCUAUGUUGUAGUUCCCGACUUCUUCUAUGGAGAUCCUUAUUCCCCUGAUAAUGCCGAGAGACCCAUACAAGUUUGGUUAAAGGAACAUGCGCCUGAGAAGGGAUUUGAAGAUGCCAAACCUGUUGUUCAAGCUCUAAAGAGUAAAGGUGUAUCUGCAAUUGGAGCUGCAGGCUUUUGUUGGGGUGCCAAGGUGGUGGUUCUACUAGGUAAACCUGAGUUUAUCCAAGCUGCUGUGCUGUUGCAUCCUUCAUUUGUCUCUGUAGAUGAUAUCAGGGCGGUUGAGGUUCCUAUUGCAAUACUAGGAGCCGAGAAUGACCAUCUUUCUCCUCCAGCACUUCUGAAACAAUAUGAAGAGGUCCUAGCUGCUAAACCUGAGGUUGACCGCCAUGUGAAGAUAUUUCCCAAGGUCGCUCAUGGUUGGACAGUGAGGUAUAAUGUUGAAGAUGAAACUGCUGUGAAACCUGCAGAGGAGGCCCAUGGAAACUUGUUGGAGUGGUUCACCAAGUAUGUUAAGUGAAUCACUAGUGAAAACAAUAAAGAUUACGUAUGUUAUGUAGAACUUAUAGUCUUGGCCGGUUAAGAGUACUGCAGUAUAUUAUUAUGGUGUUAAAUAAAAGGCUGAAUAGUUGUUGAUGAUGGAAUUGUAAGAGUAGAAAUUUGGCAAACUAUGGAAAGUCUGUUGCAAGCGUUGGACAUAUGUGCAAUAAAUCUGGAGGAAUGUGUUUCCAGUUUGCAAA